ACACCUUUACUCUCACUUCAGUUAUAAACAACAGCACAAGAGCUCAGAAACAUCACGCAUCCAACGCCAUCGGUACCCCCAAGUCGAACACUCCAUCGAAGCACACCAGCACCGUCUCGAAACCGAAACCAUGGCGUCAUCGCUGAGAGAGCUCGAGGCCGAUCCGGCCCUCUACAUCUACACCUCCUUGACAGCCGGGUCGUCGCACAUCGUGACAGCCACCUCCCGACUUGAGACCAUCCUUCGAGCCAACCGCAUCCCCUUCAAGGCCGUCGACAUGGCCACAAACGACAAGGCGCGCAUGCUCUGGGGCCGUCGUGGCGGCAAGGACCCUAACGGCCGUGUGCGAAAGCUGCCGGCUUUGGUGCAAGAGGGUUUCGUUGUGGGUGACAUUGUCGAAAUCGAAGAAUGGAACGAGUACGGCGAGCUCAAGCAACACGUCACCAUCUUCCAAGACGAAUUCACACAGCCGCCCAUCGGCUCCGUUCCGCCCAAGCCCAAGUACGGCAAGAAGAAGAAGCCUGCAGCCGAACCUUCCGCCGCCGGCGCCGGCGCUAGCCCAGCAGCAGCAGCAAGCGGCAUGGAAUCACAGGCGUUGCCGAUCCGCACCCUAGCCGAAGAAGCCGCCGCGAAGGCUAAGAAGAAGAAGGUACAGGCCGCGACAAAGGCUACUGGUAGUGCUGCGGAGCCAAAACGGGAGAAGAAGGAGGAGGAACAGAAGGAACAUGGCAACAAGGAGGUGGAGGAGGCAAAGGAGAAGGAGGCCGAAAAGCCGGCACACGAAGCAGCAGUAGCACCAUCCGCGAGCAGCGAGCCCGCUGCCGCGGCAAGCAAGACUCCCAAAGCGGCGACCGUGGAAGACGGAGAGGACGCAGAAGCUGGAAAGAAGACGGCGACAACAGCGACACCUGCACCAACAGCGUCCACCCCAGCGCAGUCAGCAACGAAAGAGGCGGCAACAAUGAAAUCAACUACAGAACCAACAAGUACAACCAACCCCCUACCGAUUCCAACCCACAAUUCCUCAGCUCAAUCUCCCUCACCUUCAGCGGCGGAGGUAGCGGGCUUCGGUCUCCAGUCGCCCACCUCAAGCGGGUGGAAGGACGACAGUGGGGCGUCGCGAACGGUGCAGUCGCCGACGUCGACGACGUGGCAGCCGACGGACGUGGACGCGCCCAUUACGUCGUUGCAGGGGGCGUUGAUAGAGAGUGCGACGGACGAGGAGAUCAAGGAGAUUGAGAGGGCGGAGACUAUAAAGGAGGUUCCUGAUCAAGAGGUUGAGGAGUAGGAGUACUAAAAAAGGGAAUAAUGAGGGAAAGGGGAAGAAUCCUCAGGUGGUAAUUGAAGGCAAUCUGAUAUUCUCCUGAUCUCGACAGGAUACCUCAGACACAUCAAUAAAACCAUACUCGUCUAUU